UUUGAAAAAACGUCACAGUAACUUGUACCAACUUUACAUACUAAGGAAACUUUUUUACACUAAACAAAACGAAAACGAUGGCCGUCCUAACCACUCAAGAAAUCGAUUGCAUCAUAAAGGAGCUCACAUCGCUGAAUGGAAAUGAGUGCACAUUUACGGAGGAACUGAUCGAGCGGCUCAUUCAAAGGACCCGCGGAGUGAUCAGAUGGCAACCCAUGCUGCUGGAGCUGGAGACGCCGGUGAAAAUCUGCGGCGAUAUUCAUGGCCAGUUCACGGAUCUCUUGAGGAUUUUCCAGGCAUGCGGCUUCCCACCGAAGGCGAACUAUUUGUUCCUCGGCGACUACGUGGACCGGGGUAAGCAAUCGCUGGAAACGAUCUGCCUGCUGUUCGCCUACAAGGUGAAGUAUCCACUGAAUUUCUUUCUGCUGCGCGGCAAUCACGAGUCCGCUAGUAUAAAUCAAAUUUACGGCUUCUACGACGAGAUCAAGCGCAGGCACACUGUGCGUUUGUGGCGCACUUUCACGGAUUGCUUCGAAUGGCUGCCGGUGGCCGCGGUGGUUGGUAAUCGCAUCUUCUGCUGCCACGGAGGAUUGAGUCCAUCGCUUCAGAGGUUGAAACAGAUCGAGCUGAUCCGGCGACCCACUGAUGUGCCGGAUGAGGGCAUCCUGUGCGAUCUGCUUUGGGCGGAUCUGAAUCACACUACCGAGGGCUGGGGUCACAACGAUCGUGGUGUGAGCUUCACCUUCGACGGCGUCAUAGUGCGCGAUUUUCUCAGAGCCUUCGAUCUGGACCUAAUGGUACGAGCCCAUGAGGUUGUGGAGGAUGGAUACGAGUUCUUUGCCAACCGCCAGCUGGUCACCGUAUUCUCGGCGCCCAAUUACUGCGGACUCAUGAACAAUGCCGGCGGAGUGAUGAGUGUGAGCAAGGACUUGGUCUGCUCCUUCGUCAUUAUUCAGCCGUGCCACAACUGCAAAGUGACUGUAGAGGAUGCCAAGGAGAUUCCGCCCAGCGAAGAGCAGUGAUUUUGUUUUUCAUAUACGAGUAUGUGUCUCCUUUCGUGCAAUGAAAUUCGAUAUAAACAGUUUUUAUGUAGC